CUUGUCCUGAACGCUCCUCCAACAAUGCCACGCGAAAUCAUAACGCUUCAAGCAGGCCAAUGCGGCAAUCAAAUCGGUAGUGAAUUUUGGCGACAGAUCUGCGCUGAACACGGCAUUAGCAGCGACGGUACUUUGGAAGACUUUGCAACGGAAGGAGGUGACCGAAAAGAUGUCUUUUUCUAUCAGGCCGACGACGAACAUUAUAUUCCACGCGCACUGUUACUAGAUCUUGAACCACGAGUCAUUAACAACAUUCGCGAUUCACCGUUUGCCAACUUGUACAAUCCAGAGAACAUAUUCAUGUCCAACGACGGCGGCGGUGCAGGCAAUAUCUGGUCAUACGGUUAUUCGCAGGGCGAAAAAGUAUAUGAGGAUAUUAUGGACAUGGUAGAUCGAGAAGCCGACGGUAGUGACUCUCUUGAAGGAUUCAUGCUCCUUCACUCUAUUGCUGGUGGUACAGGAUCAGGUCUUGGCUCGUUCCUGUUGGAACGUCUCAAUGAUCGCUAUCCGAAAAAACUGAUUCAAACCUACUCUGUCUUUCCCAACUCUGAGGAAGUCUCCGAUAUCGUCGUACAGCCUUACAAUAGCAUGCUAACUCUGAAACGGUUGACAUGCAAUGCUGACAGCGUGGUUGUACUCGAUAAUGCCGCGCUGGCGCGCAUUGCGACAGAUCGACUGCAUAUUUCAAUGCCUACUUUCGAACAAACAAAUCAACUGGUGUCAACCGUCAUGUCUGCCAGUACCACAACGCUUCGCUAUCCUGGAUACAUGAACAACGAUCUCGUCAGCAUUGUUUCUUCCUUAAUACCGACACCCCGAUGCCACUUCUUAACCACAGCAUACACUCCCUUUUCCAGCGAACAAGUGGAAAAGGCAAAAUCUAUACGUAAAACCACCGUUUUGGAUGUCAUGCGACGAUUAUUACAGCCUAAGAACCGUAUGGUGUCUACUGUGCCUUCGAAGCGAAGUUGUUAUAUUUCGGUCUUGGAUAUCAUUCAAGGUGAAGCGGAUCCAACAGAUGUGCAUAAAUCGCUAUUACGUAUUCGUGAGCGGCGACUGGCACAAUUCAUUCCAUGGGGUCCAGCCAGUAUCCAAGUCGCGCUAUCGAAAAAGUCACCGUAUGUCCAGACACCACAUCGCGUCAGUGGCUUGAUGUUGGCCAAUCACACCAGUAUUGCUUCUCUUUUCAAGCGAACAUGCGAUCAAUAUGAUCGAUUAAGAAAACGAAAUGCCUUUUUGGAACAGUAUCGCAAACAUCCCAUGUUUUCCGAUGGCUUGGAUGAGUUUGACGAUUCUCGGGAAGUGGUACAGGAGCUGAUCAAUGAAUACGAAGCCUGCGAAACCCCUGAUUAUGUAAAUUAUGGUUUGAAAAAUAACAUGGAGAUGUAAAACACUUGAACUCAAUCGUCAAUAAAAUCAAAGAUCUUCCAUAGUCAACUAGAAAAAUGUGUUUUCCAGAAAAUAGGUAUACAAAAUGAAAAGUAAAUACGACAUAAAUGGCUCCAAGUUUAUGCAGUCUAUAAACCUUAUUUUCGCACAGAUCUGGUUCACCUUUCUCCUUCAUCGGGCAUCGGUCAUGGUGAAUUUGGCAUCAGAGGUCACGGCUCGAUAUGCAAAACUUGGCUUGAGCUAUUACUUUUACCGUGCAAUCAGCAACAGACAAAUAUUAAAGAUCAUUAAAUUCAGAUGCAAAGGGAAGGAUGAGCAUUCUGAAAACGCU